CGGCCGCCUCCUCAAGACGUCUGCGCAGAGCCAAGAACACAAGGGAGAUCGAAGCCGAGAAGAGGAGAGCUAGCGAUGGGUGCGAGCCUCCUGCAGGCGGUGGUGGCGCUGAUGAGCCAGUGCACGCGGCGGCUGCAGCGCGCGGCGAGGACGAUGGCCACCGGUGCCGCCAAGGGGACCUCGUCGCCGCCCCGCGUCGUGCUGUCGUGGAAGAAGGCGUUCUCGCUGGGGCCGUCGGCGAGGGGUGCCGGUGGGAAGGAGGCGGAGGGCGGGGUGUGGAGGAAGGAGAUCCUGAUGGGGGAGCGGUGCCAGCCGCUGGACUUCUCCGGGGUCAUCUACUACGACGCCGAGGGCCGCCGCCUCGCGCAGCCGCCCCCGCCGCGCUCGCCCAUGCGCAGCCCGCUCCCGGCGUCCCCCAGGCUCGCCGCCAACGCCCGCGGGUACUAGCUAGGCAAGGAUCAGCGAGCUUGCCGGCCCCUCUUCCCUUGGGAUGGCUACAUGCAAGAUGGGUGCUGAUUCGCUGCAAGAUGGCAAAGCUUGCUCUGUUUUCGUUUGGGGGUGGGCAGAGUUUGUAUUGGGUUUGUCAUAGCUAUACAUGGUGAUCUUGUUGCUCUUCUUGUCUGUCUUUUUAUUUUUUGUUUCUUAUUUAAUGGCAUUGUAAUUGUACGCUAUGCAAGACUUUGAUGACUAUAUUGUCUUCGUUUCAA